GAGUGACAAUCAGCUGUUUUUUUUGUGUGUAUCGGCGGAUCUGUUUGUGGUCUUAUAUCCACUUGAAUUUUCUCAGAUAUUUGCAUUUUUUCCUUGUUAUAUUUGUGCAUAUAUGUACCGUAGAAUAAUGUCGGAAGUAGAUAUUAAACAGAACAUUAAAUUAGUGAUCGAAAAAAUUGAAAGUGCGACAAAGAAUCGUUCACCAACUCUUCAGACGGAGAAACCAUAUCUUGUGGCGGUUUCCAAGACGAAGCCUGUAGAAAUGAUUGCUGAAGCAUAUUCUGUCGGUCAGAGACACUUUGGAGAGAACUAUGUCCAGGAACUGGUAGAGAAGGGUGGAAAUUCUGAGAUUCUGGAAAAAUGCAAAGAGAUCAAGUGGCACCUCAUUGGACACUUGCAAAGUAACAAGGUCAACAAGGUUGUCGCUGUUCCUGGAUUGUACAUGAUUGAGACGGUGGACUCGGAACAUUUGGCAACCAGUAUCAACAGAGCUUGGGAAAAGGUGAAGAAGGAAGGGAAUGAGAGACUGCGAGUUCUCGUUCAGGUGAACACAAGCGGGGAAGAAGCUAAAAGUGGCGUUGAGCCAAAAGAUGCUAUUAAUUUGUACAAAUUUAUCAAGGAGAAAUGCCCCAAUUUGAUCGUUGAAGGCGUUAUGACAAUUGGAAAGUAUGUUGAAGACUACACAAGUGGCCCCAAUGAGGACUUCAUCUCAUUAAUGCAGUGCCAUGAGAAUAUUGUCAGAGAACUCAAUCUUACUCCACGAGACGUGCACGUCUCAAUGGGAAUGUCUCAUGAUUUUGAAGAUGCUAUUGCAGCUGGGAGUUCUAUUGUUCGAGUAGGAAGCUCAAUUUUCGGGAUUAGAACACCAAAAACUGAUAAUAAAUGAAUAUAUAUAUUAGCCAUAAUGAUCUCUGUAUCCACAUAACAAAUUCUCAGUCUUCCAAUAUAUAGAGAAUGUUUAGCUACAAAAA